AUGCUCAACUACGGCUACGUGACUACCAUGACAUGGGAGAAUUUUCGCGAAGACCAACUGGCAGCCAGGAUUGAGAUCUUUUUGGAGCUGGGCAUUCGGGGCAGCUUUGUUCCAUUCCAAGCGAUUGAAGAGCAAGUGUACGAGCACUAUGACAUCUUCGAGCGGAAGACGACUCCAUUAUCCAUUGCGGUUGCGCGUCCACCCUCGGGAGUUGCUCAGAAGAUUUACCAUUUGGUCCGCGAUGGGAACUAUGUAGACAUCAAGUCCUUCCAGGGAGAAUUUGUAACCAGGGUGAAAUAUCACGGGAGUGCACAGGUUCAAGACUUCUUGAUGUUCUGCAUGGACGCUGUGGACGACACCGUCCCUCCCAUCGAUCGACGAAACCAGAUGCGUUUUGUGGUGAACGGUACACACUUCAUCUCAAAUGGUGAGUGGCGUGAUGAGGUGGACAGCGCCAGCUGUCCCCAAUGGAGAGAGACAAUCACGAUUGUCAUUGUGACCAUCAUGAGAAUCAUGAACAUGAGCCUCAUCAGCAUUAUCAUUGACACCGUCAAGACUAUCGUGACAGCGCUAGCAGUGUAUGCGUUUUUUGUUUUGAGUUUUUCUGGUCCGAAAAGAAAGCGCAUCGUUCCCUUCUCUUUGGCACUCAUCAUGGAUGCAGAACCUGCGCCAACCCUUCAGCAGCCGGGCGAGUCACAAGUCAAUCCAUCUGUCCAGCCAAUCUUGAGUGACGAGAGCCAGCGUCUUAUGAGGGAAUGCCCAGAAAACCAAUUGGGCAUGGACACUCCUGAGAAGGUUGGAGAGGAGCAGGUUGAAGAAGCAGAAGUGAGUCAAACUGCCAAGGUCGACUCUCUGGUUCUCAUGGACAGCCCUCCCAAAGAUGAGGAAUUGAGCAAAGUCGUUUGCCAGAAGUGCCAGAUGGAGGUGUUUGUGUUCGAUGCCCAAGCCAAAGGCAAGACUUGGUGGUGUAAAGCGUGCAAUGCCAUCAACUCGACACUCCGUCGAAACCUCACAUGGCCACCUCCAGAGUUUGCUGCUCUGACCACCGAAGAACAGGUUCAAUUUUGGCAACAGUGCCGUGCCAUGAGGGAAGAAAGCACCGAUGGACGACUUCGGUAUGAUCGAUUGCGUGAUGUGCUGGUCAAUAGCCUUACCAUGGUCAAGACCAGUGAGCUUGCCAAGAGCAGCAAAGGCACUUAUCUGCCGUUGUCAGUGUAUGCGCAGCAGCUUGGCUGCCUUUGGCAUUCGAAAGGAUACAACACGAACCAGAUCCAGGAGAACGCGCCACAGAUGUGGGAUCCAAUCUUGCAGGAAAAGACCUACAUGCUCCCGGUGACGUCUUUGCAAGAGAAAGAGGUGAAACAAAGGAUUGAGAGCUCUGUGGCUGCUGCAGAGCGAAGUGUCCGCAAGCGUAAGGUGGACCACCAGCCUGAGGCAGCCAAUGUUACAGGCGCUAUGAUCGUGGAUCUGUUGAGCGACAACGAAGACGCGCCGGACACGGAGCAACCGAUCCCUGAACCCGAACAAGAACUUACAGCUAAACAGUUGGAAGCCCAAAGGAAGAAGGAGGAGAAGGCUGCUGCACGCAAGGCAGAGGAGCGCAAGAAAGAGAGCCAGAAAGAACGUCGUGAGACGCUGAAGAUGAACAAAACCAUCGUGAAUUUGGCUGGCAAGGCUGUGGUGGAAUUGCAGCCUCUGUGCGUGGAGCUGCAGCAGACCUGUGCUUCUGGAGAUGACAAUUGGCCAGACCUCUUGAAAGAGAAUUUGGUGCAAGAGCGCGAUGUCCUGCUUGACUGGAAGAAGGCGGCGGCUGCAGCUUUGCAAAAGCAUGCCAAGAAUUCUGAGGCCAAAUUGGAAGCUCUCCCGUUCAAAGACAGCCAAGAGAUGAUGGUCAGGGUCAAAGCAGCAAAGAAAUUUGUUCAGGAUGCCAAGUCAGCCUCUUCCAAGAAGAGGAAGAAUAAAUAA